AUGGUAAUGACUACGCUCUUUAAGACGCUAAUUAAUAAAAGAGUAAGAAUAGAACUAAAGAAUAGCUUAAAAAUAACAGGGCUAUUGGAGGAUAUAGAUACGUUCUUUAACUUUAAAUUAAGAGAUACAGAUAAAAUAGAUAUUCCCUUCUUAAGAAAUAAUAACAUUUUUAUCCGAGGAUCAGCAAUUAAAGAGAUAUGGAUGAGUGAGGAUGAUGUAAAUGUGAAAAGAUUAGAAGAUGCCACAAGAAAAGCACUUUUGUACAAGAAAAUAAUAGAAAAAUAA